AUGGAUACUGCUGAAUAUGAGACUAAUGCUCUAGUUAUUGUAAGUCAUCCCCCUUUUGCCCUCCUGUUUCUGGUGGAAGGCCCUGGUCAAGAAUCACAAGCUAACAACGGCACCUCCCAUCACCAGAAUAACAUCGCCUCCGUUGCCUACGCACUCUACGACCCCGUCUCGCCGCCGCUGGAUUUCGUCGGACCGGGCGCCCUUGAGUUGGAGGGCGCAUUGAGGAAGGAUGGUUACCUGGUUCACGCCGAUGCCGCCCGGCGCGGUCUGUGGUGUUUCAAACUGAACCGGAAGGACAUCCAGCAGGACACGCCUGCCUUCGCCAAGUCCUUGGAGAGCAAUGGCUACAGUCUUGCGCUGGCCGAAGAGGGUACCUUCGAGCCCUCUAGUCUGGUCAAGAACAAGGGCUACGGUGGAAAUUCCGUCAACACUCCUAGCAGCUCUUCUUCCAGUGCGUCCAAUCCGUUGGACGCCGCCUUUCGCGCCCCCCAGUCGGCUGUGCUUCCCGGUACCGCUAUCGACCAGGAGUCCAAGACGCUGGCCAUGACAGACAACAAGACUCCAACGUCAACCACCGUCAAGGAAGCCCACGAGCACCUCGUUUCUGCCAUCCUGUCAGCGCUGUCGUCGGCAUUCUGCGCCAAAACCGGCGCGACCCCAUUAAACUCGCGCACCCUGUUGCUACCCCAGCACCUCGAGAGCGAAAGCGGCUUUCCUGUCCCGGUGCUAGCAUCCUUGCGUGUUUAUCUGACGACCACCGGUGCUCUGGUUGCUCUACUAAACCUAUCUCAGGUGGAAGGCCUUGUCGCUCUGUCCGAAAACACAUCGCUCCCUCCCCUCGGCCUCACUGUCUUAACUGCGCCGUUGGGCCUAUUUGCAACAUGCCAAGCCAUCGGUGAUAGUGAGCAUUCUUCGUCCCAGAGUGCGUUGGCACAAUCACCCGACACCCAGGUUUCUCGACUUCGGCCGGAAAAGGAGACAGGCCCCUGGCGUGGUAUUUGCGCAAAGCUACUGCAGGCCAGGAAUCUGCAUUACCCUAUCAGUGGCACACAAAAGUGGCUCAGCCUGCAACGCGUUCGCAGGAAACCCGUCGAACAGAGAUAUGACGGAAAACGAACGCCUAUGUUGAAUCCAUCCAGUUCGAUAUCCUGGCCUUCGAGCCUCUGCUUUUGCAAGGCAUUCUCCAAGUUGAGUGUCAAAGGCAACCAGAUAGAGCCUCCACCUACAUAUUCAGACGAAACUUACGACCCGCUCUCUUCGGCCAAGUCGUGGUUCUUGGGAAGUAGUGAGCGAGAGGAAUUGCUCGCCAGGAAGAAGCGGGAACGAGACUCGACAACUGCCCAGGAAGCCAGCCUACCAGAUGGUCAAGGACAGCAUGCCAAUGGCUUGUCUCCACUGGCACACCAUAGGCCUAGCAAUGCCGGAACCAUUCCAGGAGCAAUGUAUCCAACACCGCCUGACGGGGUUCAGAAUCCGAUUGGCGUGACACCAUCGAUAGAUGGAACCAUGUCCAGUCCUGGCAACAACCCCACCACUACAGCAAUGGUGGACAUUGACACUACGAUGAAUAUGCCGAGCGACGCAUUCAGUGAGGGCUGGGAAAAUUCAGAAAGUAAGCGAGAACGGAACGGGCAAUCAUUUGAGUCCGAAAAUUUGUUCGGGGAUCUUGGCCCGGACAUGUUUGGCGACAAUGAUAUCACCGACGCGGACUUCAGUUUCUUCGACGAGCAACCUGGCGGCAUGGACUUGACACUGGAUGUGGUCGAUAUGACCAACACAGACGGACUUCUCGAUAUGACCAUCAACUCCUCUGGGCCGCCGAAUGCCAAGAUCAAACCAGAGAGUUUAGAACCUCCGCCGGCGUACGCUCCUCAGACACCCGUCUUUGCAAAGCCUGAACUCAAGCAUGCACGAAGUUCCUUGACAGAUCAGCCAAGGCGGCAGGCGGGACCUGAUCCUGGCCCACAGCGAACUGUUGUUGCGAAACGACAGGCUAGCCCCUUCAACCCAGAUACGGUAUUUAAACGGAUCAAGGCGUCUCUCGACCAUGCGGUUCAGCAAAAUUCCAAAAUCAGUGUAUCCCAACCUAACAGCAUAUUUGACAAGGUAGAUUUUGGGCCAGGCCUGUCCAUGGUUAAUCGCAAAUACCAGAAUGACGGUCGUUUCAGCUUCUCGCUGGAUCAAUCUCAAGAGGCAAAACCAUUCACAUUCAACGCACCUCCGACCACAGACUACCUUCAACGGCACGGCAAGGGACGUAAGGGCCUCAAAAACCCACCAGCCACUGUUGGCGAGCUCUUUGCAAGAAUGACCAACAGUCAGGGCACGUUUUCACAACACCCCAGCCCCACCAAAGUCGACGACCCAUCGUCAGAUGCCGAUGAGGUCAGCCUUGUCUCUGAUCAGGAUGACUCUAGUUACGAGAGUGAUGAACCAACCUCGCCUCUCAAGGCUGGCAGCUUCCGGCGAAGGCGAAUGGAUGAGGACGAACAGUCGUUGGCUACCUCAUUCAGGGAAUUCGAAGGCUUUGACGCAGCAUCACCCAACGUAUCAGUCGAUUUCCCCAGGUUUUCGAAAUCCGACGUCGAUCUCUCGUUGACAAAAUAUUUUGCGGACCCAGAGCCUCCGACCUCACAAAUAUCGCUUCCAGAUAAUGAUUUCAUCAUAGCUGCACAAAUACUCACAGAACAAGCAAGCACAAGUACAUUGGGUCUCGGAAGCGAUUCUCGUCUGUCUUUACAGUCGAGCUUGGACCGGCGUCGCGAGCUGCUAUCUCUGACCGGCCGGUAUUUGCACGACUUGCGCUCUGUGCUCCCUACAUGGUUUGGAGAUGCUCCGGGAUACUUGUUCCGGCCUUUCCUCGAAGUUCAGGACGUGCCUCUCCUGGGUCAACCCACGAGGAUGCAGCCUCGCCUGCCCGGGGCAGAUCAAGUCAGACCGAAUAACCCUUUCCAGAUACCACCACCGCGAUUUGAGAUGCGACGGUCCGACACAAAGUUGUCUGUUCUAGCUUCAGCAGUCUCUUUUUGGGAGAGCCUGGGACUGGGGGCGUCCAAUGGCAGUAAAGCGAUCAACGCUGUCUGUAUCUUCCCUGAUUAUGAGGGUAUCUCUGACGAUAUGAGUUGUUUCAUGGACAAGAUGCAAAGCGUCUAUGAAGCUCUCCGGCUUGGCUCUUUCAGUCGUAUGUCAGCCUCCCUCGACAUUCCUGGUGGUCUUCUACCAUAUCAAUUGGAAAAGCCGAGCGAAGCUUUUUACGGCACGGCGUCGAUUCUUAGUACGUCACUCCUCAGUGGUUUGUCGAAGCUCAGCGAGGUCUUGUCCCAUCUUACGGUCAGAGAGACGAAUUUCGUGGUGUUUUUCGUCUUCUCCGCCAGCACACCCGGGCCAAUAGUGGAGUCAUGCUACGCAUUUCACCAACUUUUCGAGAGAUACAAGAAACUUCUUUCAGCUAGUAGGAAACCGGCUGAAAACGAUAUCGUCCUUCAGUUAAUCCCGAUGGAUUUUGUGGCGUCAUCGUGCUCGCUUGCAACCCCGUCGCCCACAGACUACAUGAAGCUGGCUCUGGAAACCUAUGACCGGUGUACCCAAUUUGGGGGAGUCAUGCCAGCGCCAUCUAUCAUGCUUGAGCAGACGCUUCCGCGGAUGAUAGAUUUCAAGCUUUCCACUGCACCAUCCGCAUCUCUUCUCCAUGAGAACACUUGCAUGCACGUUGCCUAUGCGCAGAGCGUGGACGAGCGAUGGAUCACUACUGCAUGGACCGACAACAGGGGUAGCCAGCAAAUGACGGCUUCGUACUGUCUCGGCCGAAAAGGCAAGUCCAUCUGCACGCCAUUCAGUGAUGUAGCCCAGGAGAUUUGGGAUGCCACGCGAGAUAUCAUCAGCAACUGGAAAGUGCAUUGGCGGGUCAUCAUCACCAAAUGUGGCAUAAUGGACCAGUCUGAGAUUGAGAUUUGGGCCGAUUUAGCGCGUGCUGAAUCCAAAGCUCAUAUCACCCUCACGGUCAUGACUGUCGACACAGAUCCUUCGCUUCAACUAGUCCCUCCGGAGGUCAAGAUACCCAGCAACGCCCCGGCCGUCUUCUACACUACUCCUGUCUCCACGCCUCAGGCAUCAAUGGUAUCGCCUGAGCAGUCAGGUAAUCCGCCGACUCCAUCUUUACGAGACAAUUCUACGAGCGCACCAACUCCGGGCGGCAAUGAGGCCGCUCAGGAUUCUGAUGCUGAAGCGACUCUCACGGAUGUCACCGACCAAACGUGGGGAGCAAUUCUAUCUCAUCGCCUCAAUAACUCAACAUCACUGACCGAGCUUAAUCCUGCCAUCGUGAGCGGUUAUCUCGUCAAGCGUGGCGGGGUUAGAGUGGAAGACCCACCAGCGGUCAUGGAAGUGAACAUUGUACAUAGCGACGGCAACCCCCGCGCAUAUGAAACACUCCUCAGGGAGAUGCUGGCCUACUUCCGGGGCCUCGGAACCCUCGCAAGGGCCCGAGGGAUGUUAGAUAAGGAGGUCGAUGUCAGGCCUUGGCACAUUGCGGCCGCCGAGAAGGGCGUUAGGACGCUAUACAUGCUCAUGUGA